GAUGAUAUGUACGUGCUUAUGCGCGCUAGUGGCUAGUCAUUGAAUCCGCAAAUUCCGCGAUCCGCGAACAUUCCGUUAUAAAACUUCAGGUAUACCACAGCCGCGAACUUCAGUGCUAGUCGAGAAUUCGCCUGGUAAACAGCGACUUCUGCAAUACUCGGGCUCUUGCUUAAAUUUCCGGCUUGGUCGAAAUAAGUUUGAUUUGUUGGAGAAGUUAUGUCCUAGACUUUGGAGUCGUCUCCAUAUUUUGUAAUGAUGAGUUAAAGCCAGAAUUGCUGAUCGAUCAAGAUACCUCCCUGUGGGUCUGAAUUCAGUUGGAUAAGUGAACACUAAGGUUCGGGCCGUAACGAACUGUCGCACUCGUGUGUUCUUAAUGCUGUGAUAAUUGGUGCCAAUCAAACGCUCAGAGUUAUAUUUAGUGCUAAAAAGCGAAAAUACCAAAUAUCUAAUAAUAAUUGUAUCUGUUAAGACCGAGAAACGAACAAGACUUUUUCGAAAAAUGAAUCUCAUUGGACAUUUUAAACCCCAUCGCAUAUUGCUGGCAUGUUGCCUUGCUCUAUCAGUGAUUGUGACGCAAGCAGCUUAUAAUCCGCUAUUCCCGGACUUCCCUGGACCAUACUGUGAAAGUGUAAGACAAUGCUGUAGUGACCGACAAGAUAGUUGUUCUCUGAGGAUAGCUGUGAAGGAUCAAGAUUCGGAAAAUUCAAUCAAGGAUACACUCUGCUAUUGCGACUCAUUCUGCGAACGUGACCACAGUCCGGAUUGCUGCCCAGAUUACCAAACCUUCUGUAAAGGUCUACCUCCUCCACCACCACUGACUACGUGUUUACACAAUGGAAAGUACUAUAACUAUUCGCAAACUAUGCGAGAAAAUUGCAAUACAUGCAAGUGUGGGGCAGAGGGGAGGAUGACUUGUACGAAUGACGUCUGCAUCACGGAUGAGGCACUCGUUCAUAAUGUUAACCUAAUAUCAUCGUCAUUGGGAUGGGAAGCACGAAAUCAUAGCGAAUUCUGGGGACGGACCCUCAAGGAAGGGUUGAAAUUACGAUUGGGCACGUUGGAGCCUUCCUUUAAAGUGAAAUCAAUGGCCCGAUUAACGAACAAGGCAACUACAAUCCCACGACACUUUAAUGCUGUGAAUCACUGGGGACUCAAUGAUGAAAUUGUGGAUCAAGGAUGGUGUGGUACAUCAUGGGUUGUGUCCACCACCUCCGUGGCAUCGGACCGAUUCGCCGUCCACAGUAAAAACCGGGAAGUGGUUCAGCUGUCACCUCAGCAUAUCCUUUCCUGUGCACGUCGAUCACGUGGUUGCAACGGCGGUCAUUUAGAUGUUGCUUGGCGUUUCCUGAAUAAAUAUGGAGUUGUCGACGAUGACUGCUAUCCAUAUAAUCCUAAGGAGACUCAGUGCAGAAUCCACCAUACUAAAGAUCUUCUAAAAGCCGGGUGUGCACCACCAACCAACGUUCCUAGACGAGAUUUCUACAGCACGGGACCUGCAUAUUCGCUAAAUAACGAAACAGAUAUUAUGAUAGAAAUUAUGGAAUCAGGACCAGUUCAGGCAACGAUGCGUGUCUAUCGGGACUUCUUCUCGUAUUCACGUGGCGUCUACAGACACUCGGCCGCCAGUCGUAGCGAAGAUUUCGGAUUUCAUUCAGUACGUUUAGUCGGAUGGGGCGAGGAGGCUGGAUACAAUCCUAUUAAAUAUUGGAUUGCUGCUAAUUCCUGGGGUGAUUGGUGGGGCGAGGAUGGCUAUUUCCGCAUUCUUCGUGGUUCCAAUGAGUGUUUAAUUGAAGAUUAUGUCCUGGCGGCAUGGCCAUAUGUGUAUGAUGACAUCAAAGAUAAUCGUCGCGGUCGCCGUGGCCGCCGCGCACACCAUCGCCAUUAACUACGCGAAGAAGUCCUGAAAUAUUAAGAAAAAAGUUCAUUCACAGCCAAACGAUUGUAGAUAUAAGAUUUGUACCGUAUAAUGCAAAAAGAUGUUCAUAAAUGUAGUCGUUUAGUUAUAUUUUAA